AUGGUCCAAACCGCAUUCACCCUCGUCCUCGCCACGGUAGCUACCCUCGUCAGCGCCUCCCCGGUCACCCUCGACAAGCGCUGCGGCACUACCAUCCUGCCCUCCACGCAGAUCCAGCUGAAGCAGAGUCAACCAGACACCUCCUUCCCCAACACCGCGCUCACCGACAAGUCCAUCUCCAUCUCCCAGGGCUCCAACGGCUCUAACAAAGUCAACGAGUUAAUCGCCUUCACCGGCGCCGUUGGCGCCUUCGGCUGCUCCCUCGGCAUCACUUUCCCCACCGGCUCCGUGAUCACCCAGUCCGGCGGCCCCCCAACCCUAAACGUCCACACCGUGCCCACUCCGCUUCCCGGAAACCCAACAUUCAACAACAUCCACCCCGCCGCGACGCUCUUCGGCACCGUGACCGUGCUAGCUGGCCAAAGCACCGUGAUUAACAGCAGGGCCUGCCCCACUGCGGCGGAGGGGGGGCUGGCGUUCGUGUUUGGGUAUGCGGAUUGGCAGACGCAGACGAGUAGUGUGGGGUGGACGGAGUAUGUUAACCCAGCUAAUGGGGCGGGGUUGAGGGGGGUGUUUCUUAACUUCAAUUGUUAG